UUUGUGUUUAUUUUCUUACAUCCUUUUCUUUAUGGAAAUUUGCGUGCUUCAUUGAGUUUGUAAGUGUAAGAGACAUCACGAGAAAUUUUAAGCGUUGGAAAAAGAAGCUCCACAGCUGCUUGCUAAUUAGCUGGUGGGUUAUGUGGUAGAUGAAAUGGAGACCUGUAUGCUUUCUUGAAAAAAAGUGGGUCUUAUGAGGGAUUUCUCGUGAUGCAAAACUUAGCACAAUCUUGCGGCUUAGAAAGCUUAUACUACACUAAUAUCACCAUUUGAUUUCAACAACAAUUUGCUUACACGAGAAAGAUAAAAGAAAUCUUGCUCCACUUCUUGCAUGUUUGGUUGCUAGGAAAUUGAAGAGAUCUUUCCAUCACUACAACACUAGUCUAUCAACCAUUAAAAACUUGUUGUAGAUUUUCUUCUUUUUUUUCUUAUUUUAACUGUAUUUUUGAGAUUUUCAUGUGAAGUUUCUUGUCUUGAUAAUUAAAUGGGAGGGACUGGUGGUUCAAUGAUUCCAUAAAUUAAAGCCCAACGUCAAACAAAGCUUAUGGAGGCCAACUUACAAAAGUAAGGCCUGAUACUUCAUCUCCACUUUCAGGCCUGGACGUUACCACAGCAUCUCGGUCUGGAUAUUGGAAUUAGAUGCACUGAAGAAAUGGGCUAAUUACCUAUAAUUCCAAAUACUGCACCGAUUCUUUUAGGACGGCGACGAUGACAAUGCCAAAGCCAGGCAGGAGCAUGGUACAAACAGGCAUGUUCAAAAAAUGCAAAAGACAGCUUGACCCGAAAAAACAAAAGAGAGAGAGAGAGAAAAGCAAAAGGCCAGGAAGUUUUCUUGCUUGUUUCCCCUUGCCUUUUUACAUGUAUACAUUCAUUUCGUUUUCGAUCUCUUGCUUCAAGAAAACGCCCAAAAUCAUAACAUUCGUUUCCACAUUUGGCAGGCAAUACGUGCAAGAUAUGUCCAAGUCCUCUCAACUAAGUCCACGAUGGCCACAUUUGCUGAACAAGUCAUGCGUAGCAAACAGUAUCUGAAUGGCCUUUAGCAGAGUAACUUACUGUGUAAAAUGGAUCCAUCAAUUUUUUAAUUUUUAAUUUUUAAAAAAGGAUUAACUUGCUAGGCAAUAUUGUUGCUGCCAAUUGCUGCAAAUUCAAGAAUUUUAUGGUGCCAUUGCCUCCCUUUCCGGGCCAUGGGUACGUUACAGAGCUUAGACCCCACUAUUUUUUCCCCUAGUGAGAAACUCUAUAUAUAGGCAGCAGUUUUUGAACACUUUGUAACAAUCAAAUUGCAUCGCAGAAACAUCUCACCAACGUCAAUAAAAAAAGAAAGAAGAAAAGAGGGAGAGAAUUGCUUAACCAGUAAAAAGUUGUCAACAAUGGCUUCUUCUGGGAUGUUCAUGAUCAUUGCCAUUGUUGCAGUCUUUCUUCCUUCAAUUUUGGCAACAGAACAUGUGGUUGGUGACAAGACAGGUUGGAGACCAGGCUUUGAUUAUAAAACCUGGGCUCAGGGAAAAACAUUUUACGUGGGAGACACCCUCGUUUUCAAGUAUACACCAGGAGCACACAAUGUGUUGAGAGUUAACGGAACUGGAUUCCAAGAGUGCAAGGCAGCUGAUGAUAUCGUGCCCUUGACUACAGGAAAUGAUGUGAUUCCACUCUCAACUCCUGGAAAAAAAUGGUACAUUUGUGGUGUGGCCAAACACUGCGAGUCUGGGAACCAGAAACUUUCCAUAACAGUGUUGCCUCAAUUGGGAUCUCCGGCAACAUCACCUUCUCCCAGCCCAACUGGUACCACGCCAUCCGGAGCAGCAGGCGACAUUGCUUCUAGAUACCAUGGGUUGAUUGUGGCCAUUGUAGGGGUUUUUGGGAUGAUCAUGUUUUGAUUUUCAUAAUAAUGUUAUCAAUGGAUUAUUAUUCUUUUCUAGUCUUUUAUUAUUUGUAUUCGUUUUUGAGAUGGUUUGUGAGCUAAUUUUAUUUCUUUCAAUAAUAUACAAGUCAUUUGUGCUC